AUGAGCGAAGCAAAAGAAGAAGUUAAAAACUCUACUGUUAAGGUGACAGUUAAGCUUCCAAAAGAAGAUAACCAUUCUUCUAAUACGAAACAUGUCAAAAAGACUCCAACUUCAAAGAAUAAUGAUAUAUCUUUUGAAAUUGGCAGAGAGUCCAAAAUUCAAACUAUUCUAGAUGUAUUGGCAAUGAUUCCAAGUUCCAAAUACUUAACAAAUGUUAGUUUGAAAGCAAUUGAAGAUGACUCGCGGCUGACUGACGAAUCUUCUAUAAAGGAUAUAGUUGGUGAGAAAAGCGAGUUAAAAGUUCAAUUAAUUCUAAAGCCAUAUAGUGCAAGGGAAGCUUUGAAACAUGUGAUUACUGUUCGUGACUUCAUCGGAUUCGCUCAAGAGACUUCAGAUGGAUUAUCCGAAUUUGCAAUCUCUACUGGUUCAAAUUUCUCUUCGUUACCAUUAGGUCCAAUCAAGGAACCUUCAAGGCAAGAGGAGAAAAAAGACAAGAGUGAUCCGGAGGAAAAAAAAAAUACUUUCAGGAAUGUUUCUGAAGAGGAAAAACUAAAAUUUAACGAAAUGGUUCAUGAGGUCUUUUCUAGUUUUAAGAAUUCUUCAAUCAACAGCCUUCACACGUCUGAAUCUAACAUCAUAACGCCAUGUGUCAGAUCGUUGAGUUUCGCACCUUACAACCCUGUACCUCCAUUUUAUAGAAGUAAAGGUCAUUUGUUCUACCUACAAAUUGUUACUUUGGAAGGCGAAAGUUUCUAUAUUACCGCAAUUCCAUCAGGAUUCUACGUCAAUAAAUCUAACUCAAAUAAGUUCGAUCCUUCUCCAAAGGAAAACACUGACGAACAUGCACAUGCAUCCUUGAUUUACUACAGUCUCUUUGACUUAAUUACCUCUCGUUCUAAAAAGUUUACUUCUCAUGUCCAAGCAUUUGAAAAGAAAUUAUCUGCUUUGGAUUCUACAAGCUAUGUAAGACCAAGCAAUACUUUCUUGCAUAAACCAUGGUUCGUUUCUUCUUUACCAGCAAAUAAUCCAGAUUAUUUGAGGUUACAAACGGCCGCCUUAGAUUCCACACCAGAAAGAAACUUUAACGAUGAAUUUCAAGCUAUUAAAGAUUUGACUACAUCAACUUUACAGGAUCGUAUUGAGAUGGAAAGAUUGUUCUCUAAAGUUGUCCAUGAAUUUACUGUUACUGCAGCAUCAGGAGCUAUGUCAAUUUUUUAUAAUGAUUUCAUAGCAAUGAACCCAGAAUCUCCGGCUAGAGAUCAAAUCUUUUUGAAGGAUAAUAUAUUUUACUCCUAUGUUUCUGAUGUGAGCGGCAAUUAUGAAGGAAAGGGUGGAGAUGAGGCCGCAGUUGCUGCCUCCAAUCAAGACUUGAAGACAAUUAACAUUUUGAAUCGCCUGAAUAUUCACGAAGUUCGUUACCUUUUAACAACAGUUAUCGAAUUUGCUGGUAGAAGGAUUUUGGCUCAAACUCCAGUACCCGGUCUUUUAGCCACCAUGGGUAAUAAGAUUGUAAAAAAUGCUGACACUGGCGAAGAAGUUACCGAAGACUUUGUCAAUGAUAUCAAUGUCAAGUACGGCCUUGAUGAAGGUUUAGGAAAGAUUGUCUAUGAUGCUGACUUUGAAGCUGUUUUAGAAAAAAAGUUUGUGAAGGCAUUCCACUUGAAGAAGCACAAAGUAAACGGCACCGAAUUGACAUUUUCUUCUCAGUCGAAGGGUAUCGUAGGGUUUGAUAAGAGACGCUAUAUUUUGGAUUUAGCCAACACAUACCCCCUAGAUAUCAACUUUGCUAGAGAGAACUUUGAUAAUGUUGAAUCAACUGAUAACUGUUACCCACACAGACAGACUUUGUUACGUCCAGAAUUAGUAGAAAAAUGGUGGAGUAACAAGAUCGAAAAAGAAGGUGUUGAAUUUGAAAAAGCCUAUGAAGAGAACAUGUUCAGUUAUAACCCUGAUGCUUACCAAGUUGAAGGUAUUGAGGACGCUAAUAUUGACGAGAUGUCAAACUACUUACAAGAUGAGGUCAUUCCAAGCGUUAUUCAAGAUUACUUAUCCGGUAAUUUGAGCACUCCAUACAAUGGAGAACAUUUAGCCGACACCUUACAUAAGAAUGGUAUCAACAUGCGUUACCUGGGUAAAAUUAUCAAGCUUUCUCAAAAAGAAUUGGACUCCCAAACUACCAAAUAUGAAGAAAACUUGAAAGCUGUUGAACAAGAAAAUAAAGAAUACGAAGACUGGGAAAAAUCUUACUUGCAAAAAAUUGAAAAUAUGAUUAAAGAGAGACAAGCUAAAAUUAAUAAGUUGGUCCAAGAAGGCAAAGAAGUACCCAAAGAACUAACCGAGGAUUUGAAAUUAAAUGAUGAAGAAAUCAAAAAACCAACUGAUGGAAAACCUGUUGUCGUUUCUUAUGAUGAGCUGUUGCCAUUGAUAAAGAUUGCUGAAUUAGAAAUUGUAUCUCGUUCUUUGAAACAUGUUUUGAAAGAUUUAAGUAAAGAUGUUCCUGUCUUUCUGGUUCCAUCUUUGGUUGCUUACGUUUUCAACAUGUUGGUUGGUACUAAGUACAAUGCUAAUCCCAAGCCAGAACCUGUCGACCAAUUUUAUCCGGUCAAUAAGUGUUCAUUUGUUAAAUUGACCCGCUCCGAGUUAUUAGACUCUAUCUCUAAACAAGCUUCCUUACGUUUCCGUCAUCAAUUACCACCUAAUUGGAUCGAGGCGUAUAUGGAAAAUCCUUUCACCCUAAUAAGAAGUGUUUCUUACAAAUUUGGUAUUCAGUUGCUCAAUAAAGAAUACUUCUUCACUAGAGAGCAAUUAGACAGUUACAAGCAAAGUCUAGACAAGAAGAUCAGAAAUAAGUAUGUGGAACCACCAACUACCUUCAGUUUUAACGAUUUGACUAUUAUUCCGCGCGUUAAGUUUUCAGAAUAUACUUCUUCGGUUAGUGAAGAAUUCUGGGCCCAAGGUGCUUCUAUGAUCAAUGAAGAUAAGCAGACCGCUUUGACUUUGCUUGCUCAAUCCAUUACAGUUUUAGAAGAUGUCAAUAAUAUCUUACAUCCUACUGUUGCCGAGAAGUAUUUAUCGCUAUCUGCCAUUUACAAUAAGUUAGCAUUAUAUCCUGAAGCUAUCGCAUUCUGUCGUAAGGCAUGCACCAUUUAUGAAAGAGUUAGUGGUAUCGAUUCUUUCGAAAUGAUGAGGGCUCUAACCAAUUUGGCAAUUUUAGAAUUCUCUAACGAAAGUCCUUAUAACGCUGCUGUCAUUUAUAAUAGGCUCGCUGAGAUUCUAAAAAUUUACCAAUUACCCAAAAUUCAUCAUCCAGCACCAACAAGUAUUUUCAACCAUUUAGAACAAUUAGCUCUUGGUGUUCAAGACACCAAAUUAGCCAUUGAAGUUUUGGGACAACUAAGUUCCUAUGUAGUAGAACUAGAAGGCAAGGACUCGUUAGCAUAUGGUUACACCGAAUCCCGUUUAGGUAAUUUGUUCGCAGCAUUGAAGGAUUUUCAUCGUGCAUUAGAGCAUAUCACUGUAACCCAAGGAAUUUUUACCAAACAGUUAGGUAUGAAUCAUACGCACUCAGCCCAAUCGAGACAAUGGGUCAAUGGUUUGAGCUCAUUGAUAAUGGAUUUGAAACAAAAGAAACAGCUUGCACAAGAUCAAAUGUCAGCAGCUGGAUCCAAUACAACAGCUCAUAAAAAGAACAACCACCGUCAAAAGAAGGACGAUUCAAAACCUGAAUUGGCUAACAAGAGUGUGGAUGAGUUAUUAACAUUCAUCGAAGGCGAUUCCGCCAACUCUGGAGGUAAAAACAAGAGCCAAAAUAAGAAGAAACAUGGUAAAAAAUAG